CUGCACUGGGGCACCAGUGGAACACACUUAGGAGGCAGCCGUGAAGUGGGGGGGCAGGGGUGUCACCAUACCACACCCCAGGACUCUUUCCCUGCCUCAGCCGUGAGCUCUGCCACUAGAUCCUCUCAUGGGGUGCUCCCUCAGACUCAGGACUCAGUCCUACUCUGGGGAAGGUGGGUCUCCCAUCUUGGUCCCUUCAGGUACUUUAAGUCCAACAACGCCCCCUUCCCCCACCACCACCAUGGCUGUGGGUGCUGAGGCCCAGAGAGGGGAAGUCACUUGCCCUGGCUCCACCUGGUUCUCAGGGGUGGGGCUAGACUCAGGGCUGAGGACCAGGAUGCAGCUCUCCUGUGCGCCUGGCUUGGUCGCAGCAGGCAGUGGGGCAGUUCCCACCUGGCACUUCCCGCCGCCACUGGGGCCUGGCCACCAGCACCAGGUGAGCUAAGGUGCGCAGGGCAGGCAUGCAGGCUGGGGGACUCUGUUGGCUGAGGCGGCGUCCAUCGAGCUCCGCCCUGUCUCCCAGGCGGGCUUUCCUCGACGGGGCGGGGCCGGCCUUGUGGCUUGGGCUGGGCAGAGCGCGUGGAGCUGGGAAGGCCCUGGGGCGCGGACACCCCCCACCCCUGUCCCAGGGCCCAGUGCCCCACAAGGCCAUGGAGCCGCAGCCUGGGGGCUGCGCAGCAGCUGCGGCGCUCUUCCUGGUGCUGCUGGGUGCCCAGGCCCAGGGCAGCACUCCCGGCCCCAGGUGUGACUGUGCCAGUGAUUUCCAGAAGAGGAAUGGUGCAUUCUGUUGCAGGGGCUGUCCAGCAGGGCACUACCUUCAGGCCCCCUGCACAAAGCCCUGUGGCACCUCCACCUGCCAUCCGUGCCCCCAGGGUACCUUCUUGGCCAGAGACAACCACCAUAAGACUCACUGUACCCGCUGCCAGGCCUGUGAUGAGCAGGCCUCCCAGGUGGCCCUGGAGAACUGCUCAGCAGUGGCAGACACCCACUGUGGCUGUGAGCCAGGCUGGUUUGUUGACUGCAGGGUCAGUCAAUGUAGCAACAGUUCACCCUUCCACUGCCGCCCGUGCCUAGACUGUGGGACGCUGCACCGCCACACACUGCUGUCCUGUUCCAGCAGAGACACUGACUGUGGGACCUGCCUGCCUGGCUUCUAUGAGCAUGGUGACGGCUGCGUGCCCUGCCCCACGAGCACCCUCGGGAGCUGUCCUGAGCCCUGUGCUGCUGUAUGUGGCUGGAAGCAGAGUAUGUGGUGUGCUGGGAAUGCAGGUGGGAGAGCUGGGAUGGCCCAAGGGGAGGUGGGUCGUGGCAACCACCCGACACCCACAACUGCUCUUUCAGUGUUCUGGGUCCAGGUGCUCCUAGCUGGCCUGGUGGUCCCACUUCUGCUGGGGGCCACCCUGACCUACACAUACCGCCAUUGCCAAUCUCACAAGCCCAUGGUUCCUGCAGAUGAAGCUGGGACAGAGGCUCUGACCCCCCCGGCCACCCACCUCUCCCCCUCAGACAGUGCCCACACCCUUCUGGUGCUCCCCGACAACGGCGAGGUCUGCACCGUCCAGUUGGUAGGCAACAGCUGGACCCCUGGCUCCCCCCAGACCCAGGAGGCGCCCCGUCCACUGGUAACAUGGUCCUGGGACCAGCUGCCCAACAGAGCUCUUGGCCCUCCUCCGGCGCCCGCACCGUCGCCAGCGCCCCCUGCAGGCUCGGCGGCUGCCGCGCUCCAGCCGGGGCCGCAGCUCUACGACGUGAUGGACGCGGUCCCCGCGCGGCGCUGGAAGGAGUUCAUGCGCACGCUGGGGCUGCGCGAGGCGGAGAUCGAGGCCGUGGAGGUGGAGGUUUGCCGCUUCCGCGACCAGCAGUACGAGAUGCUCAAGCGCUGGCGCCAGCAGCAGCCCGCCGGCCUGGGCGCCGUCUACGCGGCCCUGGAGCGCAUGGGACUUGACGGCUGCGCGGAGGACUUGCGCAGCCGCUUGCAGCGCGGCCCAUAAGGCGGGUGACCCCCCCUCCGCCACCUCCGCGCUCCGGUCGCCCUUGCAGAAGCCCUAAGUACGGUUACUUAAGCGUGUAGACAUUUUAUGUCACUUAUUAAGCCCCUGGCCCGGCCCUGCGUAGCAGCGCCGGCGGCCGCACCGCGCUCGCCCCAGAGCUCGGGUUACGACGAAGCAGCGCGAAUGAACAUGGGCGGCGGGUGAAGAGGUUGCUGCUCCGCUGCUGCUUGGCCUGAGCUUGGCUGAGCCCUGGAUAUUAAAUCCAUCAAGAAAA